UCAACGAGUCCUUUCUCGGUCUCUGUUUCCCCCAUUCCCGCAGUUGCUUCAACCUGGUGAAGAAGAAGAAGCGGCAACAGUUUAUUCUCUCUCUCUAAAGCUUCUUCACAGAGAGUGAGAGGGAGAGAGAGACACACACCAUUGUUUUUCUGUAGACUUGCUUGAAGAAAUCAGUACUUAAUUUGAAUUCAAGGUGUAACUUUUUCUGCUACCCAUCACUCGUCUUCUCUGUCUUCUUCCCCAAGUGUGCUGUGAUUGUUCUGCAUCUGGAAACUAUUUUAAAGGACGAGAAAGAUGGAGUGCAACAAAGAAGAGGCCAUCAGAGCCAAGGAGAUUGCAGAGAAAAAGAUGCAAGACAAUGACUUUGUGGGAGCAAGGAGAACUGCCAUUAAGGCCCAGCAACUAUACCCUGGUUUAGAAAAUAUCUCCAAGAUUCUAAUUAUAUGUGAAGUACACUGUUCUGCGGAGACCAAAGUAGGGUCUGAAAAAGACUGGUACAGUAUCCUUCAGGUUGAUCAAACAGCAGAUGGGGGAUCAAUUAAUAAGCAGUACAAAAAGCUCGCUCUCUUACUUCAUCCUGACAAGAACACGUUUCCUGGUUCAGAAGGUGCAUUUAAAUUGAUCGGGGAAGCCCAGAAGUUGCUUGUGGACCCCACACGAAGGAAAAUAUAUGAUCUGAAAUGUAAUGCAGCACUGAAGCAGGCUAAAGCAAAGGCAGCUCGUAAUAGAAAUGCAAGAGAAGAAACUGGGGUACAUCCCCAUCGUGGGAAUCCUCAACAGAGUAAUCAGCAAGUACAGCAACAACAACAACAACAGCAGCAAGUACAGCAACAACAACAACAACAACAACAGCAGCAACAACAACAACAAAAGCAGCAAGUACAGCAACAACAACAGCAACAGCAGCAACAGGAAAAGACCCAACCCGAGGUUUUUAAUGGACGAUAUUCAUUCUGGACACUAUGCCCUUUUUGCAGUGUAAGGUACGAAUAUCAGAUACAAUAUUUGGACAAAGGUCUGCGUUGUCCAAAUUGCGUGAAAAUCUUUAUCGGACAUGAAGUGGGUCCUCAAGGGGUGGCAUCUGGAGGUAAAGAGUCGUUUGCUCAAAAGAAAGAAGAUCCAUGCCAGGAUAGUAAAAAAAUAGGAUCUGACAAGGAAUCCACUAUGAAGGUUGGUGGUGUCUCUGAAGCAAAAAGGAGGGAAGCCGCGAACUUGUGCAAAGGAGGUGUAAACAAAGCAAAUGGGAUGGCGACAGAAAAUGGAUCCAGUAUGAAGGUUGGUGGUGAUUCUGAAGCAAAAGGGAGGGAAGCCGCGAACUUGCGCAAAGGAGAUAUAAACAAAGCAAAUGGGAUGGCGACAGAAGAUGGAUCUUCCAGGAAUGGGACCAGAAAGAGGGAAAGCAAGUCAACGGACAACUGCAGGUCCCAGAAGAAAUCAAGGGUGACCGAACCUCCUAAUGCUGCACAAGGUCAGGCUGAAGCAACUGUAGAAAGUGAUGCUUCUAAAACUAAUGAGGCACGUGUUUCCUCGGCUGAUCUCAAGGAAAAUAAGGUGGAGAGACAUAAAGGAUUGGCCCCAGAUGAAAAAAUUUCCCCACAUGAAAAAAGUUUUCUUGACGGGAAGGAUAGAGCUGGUGAAUGUAACAGUGGGAAAGAAGAUUCUGUUGAAGUAGAUAAAGUCCCUUUAGCUGGUUUUUAUGAUUUCAACAAGGAUAAAAGCUUUGCAGCUGGUCAGAUAUGGGCCAUUUACGAUCAUUUUGAUGGCAUGCCUAGAUUCUAUGCUCGGAUCAGGCAAGUUUUCUCAUCUGGUUUUAAGGUGAGGAUGACUUUAUUAGAGGCUGAUUCUGAUGAUCAAUAUGUGAUUGAUUGGAUGACUGAGGACUUGCCUGUUGCUUGUGGUAAGUUCAAACACUCAAAGAAUGAAUACACUGAGGAUCCUAGUAAGUUCUCUCAUAGGGUUGAGUGGGGAAAAAUCCUUGGUAGAUGUCCGUACAUGAUAUAUCCCAGAAAAGGUGAAACUUGGGCACUCUACAAGAAUUGGGACAUUAAAUGGAGCUCUGAUCCAGACAACCACAGAAAUUAUGAGUAUGAAUUUGUUGAAGUCCAUUCAGAUUAUAGCGAGGAAUCGGGCAUUAAGAUAGCAUACCUAGUUAAGAUCAAGGGCUUCGUAAGCCUGUUUAGGCCAACCAUAGCCAAUGGAAAAGAUUCGUUGCACAUACCACCAAAUGAAGUUCUCAGGUUUUCGCAUAGGGUUCCUUCUUAUAGGAUGAGUGGCGAAGAACGAGAAGAUUUUUGUGAAGGCUAUUUUGAACUUGAUCCUGCUUCUUUGCCUAGUGACAUUGAGAAGAUUUCUGAUCCUACACAAGUGGAAGUAAAUAUUGGAAGUGAAGACACUGACUCUAAUGGUUUACUUAAUUCUCCGCGGAUGGAGAGGACUAAUAAGCCACAGGAGAGCACAGAGCCUGAUGAAAAUGCUGGGCAACCUAUUCAGAAGAAUUCCAUUGGUUCAGAUCCGGUGAAUAACCCUGAUGGCUUAGAUACAGUGGGCAGUGUUGGAAAACCAAGAUCCACUUCACCAUUGCCUGUGGACCCCAUUAUGCCCAAUCCAGAAGCAAUGUACUACAACUUUGAGAAAGACAAACUUCCCCAAAAAUUUAUAUGUGGUCAAAUAUGGGCUAUGUAUUGCGACUUAGAUGGACUGCCUAAGUUUUAUUGUCACAUAAAAAAAGUUGAACUGUCCCCGAGUUUCAAAUUGCAGAUAAGAUGGCUCGAGUCGUGCAGUCUACCAAAGGGUGCUACUAAAUUGCUUGACAAACAAAUUCCCAUUUGUUGUGGGACAUUUACACAUGGUUCGAAGGCAGAAUUUGAUGAAACUGCGUCUUUCUCUCAUAUGUCAAGACCAGUUACAUUUAGCAAGACUAGCAAGUUCGAAAUCAACCCAAGGAAAGGGGAGGUGUGGGCGUUAUACAAGAACUUUAAUCCUAAAUUAUCGCAUUCUGAUCUGGAUAAAUGUGAAUACGAGAUUGUCGAAGUCCGCGAAGUGAAACCUCAGCUGAUACAAGUGUUGGUUUUGGAGCAGAAUUGCGAGACUGUUCAUUUUGGAACUAUUUUCAAGAGUAAAAGAAAUGGGCAGGAAAUCACUAUGGAAAUACCAGCAGUUGAUCUACUUAGAUUCUCUUACCAAAUUCCUGCUUUCCAGCUUACGAAUAAAGUACAUGAAAAGCUGCAGGGCUGUUGGGAGCUUGAUCCCAAAGCAUUGCCAGAGUCUUACAUUUUGGACAGGACAGCAAGUGGAAGUGGCAAUAAAGAUCAAUGAAAAGGUAUUCUCGGAUGAUUCGACUCUUGAGUACUUCUCUUAAGGAGUUGGUUCAUCUUCUUAUUUCGUGGAGUUGCAUUUUGCCACUGUGGAGUAAGUGCUUAUGGAUGAUUGAAAUGGAAUGCCUGUCCAUUUGACUGAAACUUGUGAUGUUCAAGGAUAUUUUUGUAUAUAUAAUAGACCCCUUGCAUCAAUUUUUUUUGGAUAUCUUGUUUUUUGUAGAAUCUCACAUGACCUUGAGCAUGAAAUGGAGUUACUCUCUUUUUGUUUAACCACUAUCAGAAUUUUGUAGUCACCGUACCCAUUAAACAAGUACACGAAACUACACUUUUUUCUUGGUCA